AUGCAGAGCCGAUCUGUCCCUGCCCCCCGCAGCCGCACAGCGACAGAAAAUGGAACCGAGGGUUCCUCCGUGGGGACAAGGACCGGGAGAGAUCCCUCAGCAAAUCCGGCCAAAGAGGAGGAAGACAGCAGUGAGCUUCCCACUGUUCUGGGGGACGAUGGUGAACUUCCCUCAGAGCCAGGAGAUGACAGUGAGCUUCCUGCUGUUCUGGGAGAUGAGGGCGAACAUCCCGCGGUGUGGGAAUGCAACGGCGAGGCUCCCACACAGGGGGACAAGGACAGUGGACAUCUCCUCCCCCUGGUGUGCGACCAAAAUGACCAAGCUCCCACAGUGUGGGAUGAGGACAGAGGACAUCUCCCGUCCUGGGAUGAGGAUGGUGGAUGUCCCCUGGUGUGGGACGAGGAUGGCCAAGCUCCCAAGGCAUGGGAUGAGGACGUUGAAGAUCUCCCGGUGUGGAAUGAGGAUGGAGGAUAUCCUGUGUCUUGGGAAGAGAAGGAUGAACAUCUCCCAGCAUGGGAAGUGGACAGCGAACAUCUCCUGGCUUGGAAAGAUGAUGGAGAACGGGCAGCGUUUUGGGAAGAGGAUGGAGAAGCUGCAGAAUUUUGGGAAGAGGAUGAAGAACCUCCCUCCUCUGUGGGAUCCUGGGCUGAGCCUUCUGACAGCAGCACAGCCCUGCAGCCAGAGGGGAGAGGGGAGUGGUGCCUGAUGCAGCUGAGUACGUCUGCUCUGUCCCUGGGUGCCCGAGCAGGGCGCUGUGUGUGUGUCUCGGCAUCAGCUGCACCCGGGGUUGCUCUGCAGCUGAAUGUCACCGAGCCAUUUCUUGUCCUUCCCCAGCUGAGACCAAGGGGCUCACGGCCCCAGGGAGUGGGGCUGCGUUCUGGCUCUGCUGCAGGGCGGGCUCUCACUCUGGGAGGGAGCGUCUUCCACGUGGUUUCUUUCAGGGAACACCGUGAGCGAGGCGGAGCCUGCCGAGAAAUACCUGGAGCUGGAGCAGAUUGGCCAAGGGUGGCCAUAAAGAAAAUGAGUCUCCGAGGGCAGAACAGGGAACGAGCUGUGAAUGAGAUCCUGCUCCUGAAGGACAAGAAGAACCCCAACAUUGUCAACUCUUUGGACAGUUGA